UUUGUUUACCCAAAAUAUUUUUUUGUGUCGUUCGCAGAUAGUUUGGUGGGCCACGGGAGUAACUUAAAGACAUGAGUCGCUACAAAAGAAAGUCAACAGAAAAUCUAGAAAAUGAACUGGUCCAACAUAUCAAAAAAUGGAAUCCAUGUUUUUUGGACUAACAACGAAUGACGUCCGAAAACUGGCAUUUCAAAUUGCGGAAGCAAAACUAAUCUCUC